GAGGUGCUCGCCGCCGACGCGACGGAGGACGAUGUAUUCGACGCCGUCAGGGACGACGUGGUCGCGGCGCUGCACGGCGAGGCGGUGUACAUCUUCGCCCACGGCGCGAGGGGCAGCGGCAAGACUCACACGGUGGGGCACAUCGCCGACCGCGUGGCGCAGGAGCUCGAGCGGCAGCGAGGCCCGCUGGCGGGCGGCGGCGGCGGGCCGCUGCGGGUCGGCGUGCAGGCCGUGGAGGUGCGCCGGGAGCAGGUGCGUGACCUCUUCGCGGGCAGGCCCCCGCGCCCGCUUUUUCUGUUCGCCCUCCGCCCGCUGGCCGGGCCUGGCCGCCCAGAGUCUCACCGUGCUUUGGUGCGGUGGCCCAGCCAAUCAGAGGUAGGUUUAAAUCGGGCGUGGGGCUCGCGGGAUCUGAGGACGCUUCAAUUCGCGCUUCGAGGCGCGGUUGCAGAUUUUUCGGUAUGAUCGAGGGGCAUGAACGGAGGUGCGCCGCGUAUGCGCGCGCCCUUUGCCCGUG